AUGGCUAUACUGAGAAAAACAGGUGGCAUGAUUCAGACGGAGGUGGUAAGGAACACUUUUUCUGCUACUGGCCAGUGGUGGCAACUAAAAAAAAAAACUUGGGAGGAAGCACUAAAGUACUGCAGGGAGCACCAUAACGACCUGGCCAGUGUGGCAUCAGAGACCGAGAUGAUGCUGAUCCAGAAAGAGCUGAAGAAACAUAACACCACUGAACACGUCUGGAUUGGCUUGCGCUUCUUGUCCAGAGAGUGGCUGUGGGUGGACAAACAGGAGAUGGGCUACGAGGCCUGGGGUGAUGGGGGAAAACCAUUGUGUCCGCACCCCAAGAUGAAGUGUGGAGCCCUACAAGUGACAGGAGGGACUCAAGGUGUUUGGGAGGCGCAUGAUUGUGUGGAGAGACUCAAUUUUAUUUGCUACUGA